UCUCCAGCUUCGCGUCGCCGAAAGCGAUGCUUUCUCUGAUCACCAUCAUCUGCACCUCUUCGUGCAUUUCCGGCUGCGCGCUCGCAACCGCUCUCCUCGCAUAGAUUAGUAUUUCCCUCUGUAGGCGCUCUAACCGUUUCGGCAUUUUUCUUAUUCCAGGAAACGACUGUGCCACCCUCUCAAAUAGGUGCGCCUCGAUGACGCGCCACGCCUGAGCGACCAUCUCCAAGGCCGAACCACUGCCGGUUGGAAUCGUUUCGCUCUCUGACUGUGCCACGAGUGCCGACUCUGUCGAACCGCUGCACAUCAUGAGCGCCCCUCCUCCCUCCGCCGGCAACGCGCCGCCGCGCCCGCCUGGCCGCGCGCAGUUUCGGCCUAGCAGCACUGCCAACCCGUUGGUGGCGAGAAAGAAACCGAGGCCGCAGCCGGCUAUGGCGCGACCACCAAAAACCAACAACGGCCCGGGAGGUAAAGGCGGGCUUGCGGACAAGAAGAAGCUCGUACUCGACGACCCGGAUGAUCCUACCAUGCGGCAACUGGCCCAGAUCCGGGCGCAGAACGGAGGCUGGACCGAGAAACCCCCAGAACAGUACACUGAUUUCCCUCUGGUCAUGACCAAGCGGUCCAUGUUGGAAGGGCUGCGCCACCACAUCAUGCGAUUAAGCAACUCGAAAGGGGAUUCGAGCAGGGCGAAAGGGGAUGCCGUUGUCGACGUUACAAACCAGGACCAGUUCCCGCGCCCAGUCACUCUACUCCGUCGUGACCCCAGGCUCCCCCCUGCAUACCGCAUGGCCGUAAAGGAAGAGUCGGCCCCGGCAGACCCCGCCGAGGCUGCUGAGUUUGAGCGCAUCCGCCAGCUCAAGGCCCAGAAGGAGGCCCAACGCGCCCUGGACCAAGCACAAAUCGCUCCCGUACUGAAGGGUCACGAGCCCAAGCCAAAGCAAAGCAACAAGAAAGAGAAGCCCACCGCCUUCUACGGCAGGAACUCGGAUGUCCAGAAGAAGGAGUCCAAGAUUCAUUAUGAAGAGACUUGGCCGUGGCACCUGGAGGAUGCCGAGGGCAAGGCCGGCGUGUGGGUCGGGUCGUACAUCGCCAGCCUGUCGGAUACCAACGUUGCGCUCGUCAUAGAUGGCGCGCGCUUCCGCAUGAUCCCGCUGGAGCGCUACUACCGGUUCGACGAGAAGCCCAAGUUUGACACGCUCUCGCUCGACGACGCCGAGAAGAUGAUGUACGAGAUCAAGGAGAUCAAGCGCUGGGUCAUGAAGCAGAAGGACCAGGAGCAGAUGGAGCGCGAGAAGAACGAAACGCGCCAGUUCUUGCGCGGGCCCACCCGCGUCAAGACCGAGAGCGCCACAUCCCGGCUGGCCCGGCGCACCGAGAGGCAGGAUGACUUUGAGCUUGAUAUCUCUGGUGACGAGUUUCAAGACGACGAUGAGGCGCCUGGCUUCGAAGCUGAUGAGGACGAAGAGGCAAAGGAAGCUAAGGACCGCAUCCGGCGCGAGCAGGUAUCGGCCAACACGUUUGGUGAAGGCGAGGAGGACAAAGUCGAGCAACAGGAGCGGGAGGAACAGCUGGAGAAGCUUCGGAGUAAGAUAAUUGGUAAGCAGACAGUAAAGACUCUUAAGAAGCUGGAGCACGGGCUGGAUUAUGACGAUCUGGAGUCUGGGUCUGAUGAAAACAACCCCUUCACUGAUGACUCGGACACCGACGAGGAGUCGUCGGAUCAUGCCGACAAAGAGGAUGAAGAGGGCAAGAAGACGGACCAGGGCGCUUCUGGGGCGAACACCAAGGGAGAUACCACGCCGUCUGGGAAGCAGAGAACGGUCAAUGCGCUCAAGAAGGGCAAGCUCAAGCGGGCCGGCUCCCCCAACAUGUCCGAGUCGAGCGACAACGAGGCGGCCCGGAAAAAGCUCAGGACCGGUAUGGGCUCUGUUGUCGCUAGCCGCGGCGGCACUCCCAUCCCUGGGCGGCCGAAACAGUUAGGCGCUGCCAUGAGCGACGGCGAGGCCACCGGGGGUGAGGCAUCCGAUGCCGGCACGAGGCUCAAGACGAAGCUCAAGACGAAGCCGGGCGUGCGGACGGGUGCUACGCCUUCUGGGUCAAGGGCCAGUAGCCCUGCCCCCACUGGAUCUCAAGGGCCCAAGACAGGCACCACUACUCCCGGGGGAUCCCCGCCCCCGGGCGAUAGAAUUGUCCCAGUCGCAAACCAAGCUCCCAAGGUGGGCGCCGCUGCGUCAGGUGGCCCGGACAGGAUCCAGCCCAGAGAAAUUGCCGAGGCACUCGCCCCGUAUGCCAAGGAAGGCAUCAGCCUGUCCAACCUGAUGAAGAUGUUCCAGAAGCGCAUCGGCAAGCCGGGCAACAUCACAAAGUCGGAGUGGAUACAGAUGGUCAAGGCCCAUGCGGUCUAUGGCGCCGAUAAGUUGUUGCGGCCCAAGCCUGGCAAUGGCUCGACGUAGAUAGUCACCCGGCGUGUGGUCAAGAAGGGAUAUGUCGGUGCAUGCAUUCCUAGAGGGUGAGCUGCUUGGCUUUCCUUCUUUAAACCAGUUCCGGCCUUAGAUAUUGGCACGGCAAAUCAGAUUCUUUGAAGGUGCCAUUGGCGCUCGGCUCAUGGAGAUAGUCAGGACUGAGCGCGAGUGAAACACGAGGGGUUACACAUUUCCUAGCACCUUUUUUUUCUUGUGACUCGAGCGAACGAAGGUAGACGAUACAUCCCAUAUCUUGCUCAGGGACCGCGCUUCGCGUGAGUAUUAAAUUAU